CAACAGACUAUUAUUACUGUUAGUAGGUUCAUCUCUCCAUGCAACUUUGCUGUUAGUUUGAAAGCAGGCAUUUUGUCUUCACAUUUAUGAUUUCUUCUUCCAUCUCCUUGACUUAACUCUCUGCAUUACCUUCAGAAAUAGUUUCAGUUUUUUGAAAUGGAUACCUUUGUGCGUGACAAACUAAAACAGUGGGGUCUCAAUGAAUUCAUACAAAAAUUUGAAGAUGAAGAAGUGGAUAAAGACAGUCUUUAUUGUCUGGAGGAGAAAGAUAUUUUAAUAUUGAUACCAAAAGUGGGACCAAGGGCACGGUUUAAGGAGAAACUCAGGAUGUUAAAGGAGGAGGAAAGUAAAAGAAAUGAUGGAGAACUUUGUCCUAAAAUGUGCCAACAGCAAGAAAAAGAUGCACCUGGUUUAUCCAAGACUUUACAAUCCACCAGUGAUACAAGAAAGAGAAAGGAUGCUUUCCAGAGUGAUUCCAGCAAAGAUCAACCGACAGAAAAAAAGAAACGCAAAACUGCCAUCUCCUCAGAUUUAUCGAUUUUCUUUAGUGUAAAAAACUUAAUGGCAGAAGUCCAAGCAAAACUACAUAACCAAGAGGACACAAAGGUUAACAAUUUUUUAAAGACUAAAAUAAUGAAUCUGGAGACGGAAAAAAGAGAGCUGGUUGGAGUCUUUGGGAAAACAGGAGCUGGAAAGACAUCUUUGAUAAAUGCUGUCAUUGAAGAGGAAAGGCUUUUACCAUCUGGAAGUCUCAGUGCCUGUACCUCAGUCAUGAUCAAAGUGGAGGCUAACAGGCUCAACCAAAAAUAUGAGGCAGAGAUUGAGUUCAUCACAAAAGAGGAGUGGGAAGAUGAAUUGAGCAACAGAGAUCAGUUUCUUAAGGAUAACGAAGAUCAGGAGAAAGAUGAAGAAUAUAAUGAUGAAUAUCAUGAUGUUGUUGAAAAACUGUCUGCAAUUUAUGGGGAAGACUGGAAAUGGAAAACUACUGAGCAACUCAUGGAUCACAAAUACUUCAGGGAAAUUCCAGAAUUUCGUCAGUCGAUACGAAAAACCUUGACAUGUGAAUCAGCUGAAGCUCUAUCUGCAAAGAUGAUCAAAUACACACGAAGUGACACUAAACAAGAAGGAGAUGAGGUUGUAAAAAGGUGGUAUUGGCCACUGGUGAAGUGUGUCACUGUCAGGGUGCCACAUACAAAUUUUCUACAACACGUCACACUUGUGGACCUUCCAGGAAAUGGGGACCGAAACAAAAGCAGAGAUGAGAUGUGGAAAGGGAUUGUUGGAAACUGUUCAACUGUGUGGAUUGUAUCUGAAAUCAACCGAGCAGCAGCAGAAAGAGAAUCCUGGGAUAUCCUAAAAAGUGCAAGCAGCCUUCUUGGAAAUGGAGGGGAAUGUCGGCACAUCCACUUUAUCUGCACCAAGUCUGAUGUUAUUGAAUAUUCACAUAAUGAAGCUGCUGUGUUGGAUUCUAUACUCAAAAGAAACAUGUCAGCCAAAGAAUCUGUGAGAAAAGAAUUCAACAAGCUAGACAGAGUUAAGAAACAUUUCAAUGAAGGCUGUUUCCAAGUGUUCACGGUGAGCUCCAAAGAGUUUGUCAAGAGGAAAUAUCUAAGUCCAGAAUACACUGAAAUCCCCAAGCUUCAGGAGUUUCUGCAAAAUCUCAAUGACUGUCACUCAGAAACAUCGAACUACUUUUCUGGAGCUAAUGGGAUCCUCUCUUUGAUUCAAGGAGCAAAGUCAAGGAAUAUGGGUGGAGAAAACAAAGAUGUUUGUAAAGAACUGGAGAGAAACCUUAGCCAACAAAGUGACUUGAUCAGAUAUGCAAUGAUGGAGAAUUACAAAAUGUUUGAAAAGUGCCUACAAGAAGGAGUCGAAAAAUCCAAAGAUUCAUUUGAAAAAAUCUUGAAGAACUUUCUCUAUCCUCCAAGAAAGAGUGGACGUGGUUUUCAUAGACAACUAAGAAAACUGGUCGAAAAUAAAGGGGUCCUGAAACUAAAACGUGGGCGGGAAAAAAACUUCAACACAAAGUUAAUUUCACUCUUGACAGAUAGCAUUGAUGAGGAAUUCAGAAAAACUUUCCCGAAUGACGGAAAAUGUGGUCCAAUCUACGGAGUAAUCAAUGAAUUUUCACUUGAUGUUGAAGGGCUAAAACAGAAGUACAGUGAUGUUGAACUACAGCUGGUAUUUCUGAAGAAUGAGGAAGAACAAUUAAAGACAAAACUGACCAAACUUGUUCGUAACGGUAAAAAAAACAUCUACAACAGUCUAGCAAAGACAGCUGAGGAAAACCUGCUGGAAUGCUAUGACAAAGCAGCAGGAUUUUCAGGAACUGGUUUACUGCAGAACAUGAGGGAAACUAUAGAGAGACAUGUCCAUAAAUCAAAUAACAUCCUGUUUGAAAAGGCUAAAGAUGAAAUGUUAGAUCUGCAUAGCAGUUUGAGGACCGAGAUCUUGGCGACUCUGGAGAGUACCAUGAAGGAAUCAAUUGAGCUCUCAUUCAAGAUAGAUAAGGACUCAAUUCCAGACGUUUCAGAAGAACUUACCAGGGUUCAACAACUCCAUGAAGAGUUUCUGAAAAGCAGCUGAAAAAGCUUUCUUUGAUCCCAGAAUGGUCAUGAUGACAUGUUGGAUCUAGGGUUGUUCAAGAUGAGGGUGCCUUCACUGAGAAUUAAUUGUUUGCCACAAUUGUUUUUGUCAUUAUUGGUUUAAAGUGUUUUACAAUCAAUUUAAGUGUGAAAAAAUGUUUAGGAAAGAGAAAAAAAUAUUUUUUUCCUGAUGAAUAUAAAGAAGUAGUAGCCUUUUUCACAUUAGAUUCUGAUAGAAAAAUUUAAUACUGAUGAAGUGAGGGGAAAAAACGUAUGUACUAUUAUUCAAUCCAAUCAGCAAUGUUUUUGGUGUAAUUUUUAUUGUUCGUAAUUUAGGAUUUAAGGAAAUUUAUUCAUUCAAUAUUUUGUAUCCAACUCUUUUUCUUUGGUUCAUGUAAUGGUAAUAAAAUCA